AUGUAUUGGAGCUAUCUUACAAGUCUUCCAUUGGGCGUGUUCAAUGGGCUUUCAAGCUUGCAGACCCUUGAACUUUCCAACAAUCGGUUGUCGAGCCUUUCCGAGGGAGUCUUCAGUGGGCUGUCAGCCUUGCAAUUUCUCCAACUGCAUCACAAUGCACUUCUGAACUUACCCUCAAACGUGUUUGAUGGGCUAUCAUCCUUGCAACAACUUUAUGUCCACAACAAUGUGCUGUCGACCCUUGGUCCGAACACCUUCAAAGGACUAGCAUCCUUGCAGAAUCUUGAUCUCUCCUACAACCAGCUGUCUACCCUUCCUCCCGACUCAUUCAACGGAUCAUCAAGCUUGCAGACCCUCAGUCUGUUUUCCAACAAGAUAACGAAUAUUUCUUCGGAUGCCUUUCGCGGUCUGCCGGGUUUGAAGUAUCUUGGCCUGUUUGACAACCAGCUAUCGAGCCUCUCCGAGGGUGUAUUCAGUGGGCUGUCAGGCUUGCAGAUCCUGAGUCUUUACAACAAUCGAGUGACGAGCCUUCCUUCGAACGCGUUCUCCGGACUGUCUGUCUUGCAAGAACUUGACCUGAACAACAAUCAAAUUUCAGAUAUCUCUUUAAGCGCUUUCAACGGGCUGUCAGGCUUGAAAACGCUAAACCUGAACAGUAAUCAGCUGUCCAGCCUUCCUUCGAACGCGUUCUUUGGACUCUCUGCCUUGCAGCAACUUCAACUGGACGGAAAUAGAAUAUCAAGCAUCUCCAUGGACGCGUUCGAUGGCUUGUCAGCCUUGGAAGAGCUUCAUAUGAGCUUCAACCAACUACAAACCGUUCUUUCGAGCAAUUUCAAUGGACUAUCUGCCUUGAAAUUGCUUGAUAUUCAAAACAAUCAAAUAUCAAGCAUUUCCUCGGGGGCGUUCAACGGGCUGACAGCAUUGACUUCCCUCAGUUUGAACGGUAACAAGCUGACCAGCAUCCCAGCAGGUGUCUUUGACGGCCUCCAAUACCUUGAAUCUCUCAUCCUCUCUAGCAACCAGCUGGAAUGCAUCUCCUCCAACGCCUUCGCUUCUCUUCUCUUCCUCAACUUAGAGGAGCUGUACCUUUCAUACAAUCAGUUGACUAGUCUACCACUGGGAGUCUUCAACGGGUUGUCAAAGCUAGUUACCCUUACCCUCUCUAAUAAUCAUGUCAAAGAAUUACCUGCUGGAGUCUUCAACGGAUUGUCAAGCUUGAAGUUUUUAAAUCUAGGCCAUAAUGAGCUUGAAAGCCUGCCAUUAAAUUUGUUUGACGGGUUGACGAGCCUAGAACAAGUUACUCUGGAAUGGAACCAG